GAGGCUUCACGUGGGGAAGGUCGAGGGAAGAAGAGACGUCAGACGUCGAUCUCGCCGCUGAGCGCGAGCAGGGGUGCAUCCGGCUUCGCCUCUUCCCCUCGUAGCAGAGCCAGGUCGGUCAAAGUCUGCAGAGACGCGAGGGGCUGGCGAUGGCGCCCAGGGCGAACACUGACAUUGCGCCUCCCCAGCAUACCGGCUUUACAGAAGGGGCGACAUCAGAUGAAGGACUGGUCACACGUGUGGGAGUUAAUGCUGCUGUAAAGGACAGUCUGGACAUACAUUGAAACAUCCAAUCUCUCUGGAGAAUCAUAAUAUGUUAUGCAGGUUACACUAACAACAUGGCAGCUAGAAUGCUGAGAUUCCUGGGUGUAUCUUCUCAGACAGUAGGCCAGCGGUUCAAUAGUUAUGGACAUCUAGCAUCAAGCAACAAUUUUUGUGGGAUUUCAAGCAAUUCUUUAUCUGCAAAAAGAUCAUUUAAUCUAUGCACUCCAGAUACAGUGGGUUCUCACUUAACCAAUGUUUGUGGGCACGCUAAAACCUGGCAGAGAUUACAGGCUGAUGUUACUACUGCAGCAAAGACUAUGAAUUUUUUUAUUAUGAAUAUCAGUCCACCAGCUCUGGAACAAUUUCAUGCUCUAAAAUCUUCAAUUUUUAAGCACAAUCCAGUGCGACAUUAUUCAGUAUUAUCAACUGGUAAAAUCAUACCAAAGCAAGGUACUGUGUCAACCAAAAGGCCACCAAAGGCAUCUAGGACCAAGCAACCAUCCAGAGCUAAUCUGCCACAACUGUCUGAAACAGAGGAUCUUAUGCAGUGCACAGCCUUUGCAACCGCAGAUGAAUAUCAUCUUAGUAACCUGUGUCAUGACCUGACGUCACAGGGAUAUGUUGAAGUAACAACACUGCCUAGAGAUGCAGCAAACGUUUUGGUGAUUGGCACAGAAAACACAAUGAAAGAGUAUGAUCCUGGGAUUAUCUUUUUUUUCAGGGAAGGGUCUGUUGUCUUCUGGAAUACUGAAGAGAAAACAAUGAAGAAUAUAAUGCAAGUACUAGAAAGGCAUGAAAUUCAGCCAUAUGAAGUUGCUUUGAUUCAUUGGGAGAAUGAAGAGAUUAACUACAGAAGAGGAGAAGGGCCAUCAAAGCUUCAUAGAGGAGAAAUCCUGAUUAAUUCAGAACUAGAUAUUGAUGAAGUCACUCUAGAGAAGUUUGCUUUUUCAAAUGCUCUUUGCCUUUCUGUAAAACUGGCCAUUUGGGAAGCAUCCUUGGAUAACUUUGUAGAAUCUAUCCAAUCAAUACCUGAGAUACUGAAAUCAAGAAGGAAAGUGAAACUCUCUCAUGCUGAUGUUAUGCAGAAAAUAGGGGAAUUGUUUGCCUUAAGGCACCAUAUAAACCUCAGUUCAGAUCUGCUGAUCACUCCAGAUUUCUACUGGGACAGAGAACAUCUUGAACAGCUUUAUGAUAAAACAUGUCAAUUUCUCAGUAUUAAUCGCAGAGUAAAGGUGAUGAAUGAAAAGCUUCAACACUGCACAGAGCUGACAGACUUGAUGCGAAGUCACUUGAGUGAAAAACAUGCCUUGCGCUUGGAGUGGAUGAUAGUGAUCCUCAUAACCAUAGAGGUCAUGUUUGAACUUGGCAGAGUGCUUUUCUAAUAACGGCCUUAAAUGGCAACUGAGAAGUGUGCUUGUCAAAUGUAUGGAAACCAUCCUAGCAACUGCUGUUCUUGUGCUGCUUUCUUCUGAAUAAUGUAUAAACACUUGUUGCAUAUAUAAAGAUUGAUGUAAUUAGGUUACUGUUAAAUCACUUCCUAUAUUACUUGAAAAUUAUGGUGUGAAGUAGAUCCUUACUUGGGAUGUUUUAUAUUCUUUAUAAAGGAGAUUUAAAGGCUAGCUUUACUAACAAUGUAUCCAAACUGCUGUUUUAUUGGCUGUGCUAGACAAAAUUGUGUAAUUGAACAGCCUGCACAACAGCAAUCUUUGGUCUGAAAGAUCAUACCUUGUUUCAAAGGUACACUUGUUAUGCAUACCUGCCAUGUACAUUUGUCAGCAUCAAGAGAUACUUUUCAUAAACUGUACCGCAGCAAAUGUGUAGAUUACCAGUGGACAGGUAGCAUGCCAGGGAAAAGAUAUGCUGAGUCCUCCUUCAUAUGCUUGUCUCAGAUGUGCAGUAGGAAUUUUUCAAAGAUUUGUCCCAUGCCUGUAGGCUGAAAUGGCAACAGUUCGGGUGUUUAAUGCAGAAUAGGGCCAUAGUUUGGGGUCCAAAACAGAAAAAUGAGCCAAAUUCUGUUUCUUUAAAGAAAAGGGUGUGUGUGCACCUGAACAUUUCUUGGCUACCUCGGACCAAAAUCUGUAUUGAACUGCUAAACACAGUUACUAGUCAAAAACAAGCAACUUAACUGACAAUACAGGAAACUCUUUUAUGUAGAGAAACAUGAAAAGAAAUGCUAUAGGAAACCUCAGGAGGAAGAGAGUUCUGGGAAUAGGAGUGCUCAGGUACUUACCUUGCCAAGGUCCCUCCGUAUGUAUGAACUGCUGCUUUCAGAUGAGAACAAAGAAAGCUUAUCCUGUGAACUAAUUUCAUGCUGAUUUAUUCAGAUAAGAAUUGGUUUUUAUACUCCACAAUUUUUCAAUUUUAAGGAUUCUCAAAGUGGCUUACAAUCAUAAUCCCUUCCUUUAACUGCUUUUCCAAAUACUAGACUCUUGGCAAUCCUGAACACAAUCAGUCAAUAUAAUUGAGUACCCCCAAAUUCUCUGUUCUGUCCCAGCCACUCAUAGUUUUUCAGGUUUUCUGUUAAUUAGUAAUCUCAUGUACACACACACCACACACGGAGGAAACUAGGUCCUUUAUUAUUUCAGUUCUUUCAACUUUGUAUUAUUUUUGGGAUGGAGAUAUUAGAAUCGUUGAGCUCUUCUAGAUGUGUCUGUAUCACAGAUGUGUAUUAAUAGUAUUAUAGUUACAAUUCUUUACUCCCAAUUUUUUUAAAAAAUCAUUCAAAUCAAUUAAUGCUG